AGCGUUAGAGAGGGGAACAAAGCUGGGCGGCCUUUGCCCGCCCUUUUUGCGUUUGAAGGCUAGUAAAAGGCUGUCUGCAAUACGGCUUCAGACUUGUUAGAGUCUUGGAAGGAAAAGCACGUUCCCAGGAUCUGCUCGUUGAUACAAAGUGACUUCAGAGUGUUUACUUAGAGCUUGUGGUUUGGAAAGGCAAGCGCGUGUGUGCCAUCGAGGAUUGGACCAAUGGACCACUGAAGAUCCAAUAUCAAGUUACUCUUAAAAACCUGUGCAAACAGUGCAAAGGGCACUCCAACGUCUUCUACCGUUUCCUGUGUCCUAUUGAAGCUCAAGUGGAAAAGCCUAACCGGUCUUCAGGGCCUCGUAGUAUGUGUAGUAUGUGGCGCAAAACCACUCCCGGUCUCACUUUCCGAGCGUCCGUCCAUCGAACGAGAUUGCAGUACGGCAGGAGUAUGGUAUGGCCAUUACAGGAGAUCUCUCCUUGAGCAGAUAAAUCAAGGGGGUCCUCAGAUUUUACUUCCUUUUGCCGCUGUUGUCAUCGUGGGACCGUGAAAAAAGGUCGCCAUUGCUGAUCUCAUUGGUGACUGGACUUGGCUUUUGGGGCUUUUUCCCCCAAAACAAGUCCUGGAUUGGCUUGUCAACUCUUCAAGGCAAAGGUCAAAGACAUUAAGCGAACCACGCAAUAACAACUAAAAUCAAGGCCCACCUCAGUGUUCUUUAUUGUCCCUGGGAGAGCCACAACCUCGAUCGACUAGCUCCAUUCGAUCCAGUCCCAGAAGUGUGAGAGGAAGAAGAGAGAGAGAGAGAGAGAGAGAAAAGGAGAGCUCAUAAAGUGGAACCGUGCCAUGCAUCACUUUGGAUUCAAGAGUCUGAAAGAUGGGUCUAUCGUCUCGCCAUUCAUUACCACGUUGUCGAACAAUUUGAUUUGGAUUUGGAUGCCCCGAGGAGUCAAAAGGCCUACGGCUUCAACCUCGAACCACAAUGGCGAUGAGCCGAACAGUGAUCGAGCCUAAGGCCUAAAGCCCUCAUUCUAAGCGAAAGCGAGAACACCCAAGAAGGGAGUCGAAUAGACUCAUCCAUCAAACGAAAACCAAUUUGUAUCCCCCCUUUGGUGACCCACUAGACAAUUUGGAAGAAGGAGCUUCCUUCAUUGAACGAUCCAUUCCUUUCCUAUCAGCCUCUCCAUCCGAGCUGCUAUUAGUCUGCGGUUUCAAACCCGAGAAUACUAGUGAAAUUCAAACCAACGUACGUACCGUACUAAAGGCUUGGCCAAUCCAUCGGGUGCCUCGCAUACCAAGGCCAAAAGAACGUGAAAAAAAUUGAAGACGGAAUGCGAUUCGGUCUGUUCGUUUGAUCCAGUGGAUUGAAGCUGAAGAUCGAGCUCAAAUUCACCGUUCCAAAUCUAGUCUCGAUCGUCAUUGCCUAGGUUUUUUCAUCAAGACUAUCCGCCUCCCAACUCAGGGCGAUCCAUUUCCUUUCCUCUAGCGUAAUCCAAUCGAGUUGUCAUCGUCAUCAAGCGAACCCACUUCCAUCUGUCUUAAGGAAAGUGAGCUUGUUUUUGGGUGGCAGACAAGAUGGCCAAUUCGAGCUACUCGUCGUUCACGAAUGACUCCGUGGAUGAUUACCUGUCUUCUUUGGAGGAUGAAAAAAUGGCGGCCAUGGCGGCGAGCACGGCUGAUUUGGAACAAAUGGUCGCUAUCAUUGCACCCAUAUUCCUAUCUGUCGUCAUUUUGGUGGGCUUCUUCGGCAAUUUGCUCGUGGUUUUGGUGGUGACCUUCAACAAGCAAAUGAGGAACACCACGAACCUACUUAUUUUGAAUUUGGCUGUGGCCGACCUUCUUUUCAUCGUGUUUUGCGUGCCCUUCACGGCCACAGGAUACGCCCUGCCACACAGCUUUCCCUUCGGAGAUAUUUGGUGCAAAUUGUUCCAGUUUCUCAUCAUACAAACUGCUUAUGUGGGGAUCUACACGUUGGUGUUCAUGUCCCUGGAUCGCUUCUUGGCUGUGGUGUUCCCCAUCGAAUCCAUGACCUGGCGCACCGAGACCAAUUGUAAGCUAGUCAUUGCAGUCACGUGGGUCGUCACCGUCAUGGCCUGCGUCCCACUCCUCUUCGCCCAUGGAGUCAUCAACGAUGGGAUUGCCAACGCGUACUGCAUGUUCCUCAACGAGAGGACCAUCCCCUUUCUCUCGGAUGGUUACAGGUGGAACUUGUUGACGUUCCAGAUCUCGUUCUUCGCCACGGCCUACCUCUUACCAUUGCUCCUCAUCUGUGGAUUGUACUCUGUGAUGCUGCAUCGCCUCUGGAAUCAAGCACCCGGAGGGCGUGCCUCCGCCGAGAGCAUCAAGAACAAGAAGCGCGUCAUCAAGAUGGUAUUGGUGGUGGUGAUCAUAUUCGCACUCUCCUGGCUCCCGAUUCACGUCAUCCUCAUUAUGAGAGGCAUGAAGAUCUACCCGAACAAUCCGGUCACGGUCACCAUGCAGAUCAUUUCCCACAUCCUGGCCUACAGCAACUCGUGCGUCAACCCCAUCUUGUACGCGUGGCUCUCGGAGCCCUUUCGUCGAGGCUUCUGGGCGGUCAUUACCUGCAUCCGGCCCAGCGGACCUCACGGGGUGCUUCAAAAUGGAUACCAGAUGGGCGACGUCAUGCCACAUGGUCGAAAGGCUGGUCAUGCGAAGAAACCGCCUCAACAGAAGAAUGGAACCUCUGCCAAUAUCGAAGUGACAGCUCAACCCAAGGAGUCGACUCCGGUGGUGAGUAAGACGCCCACCAAAGUGGUGGUCAAUGAAUCUGGAGAGGUCGAGACCCAAGCUAAUCCCCAAUUGGACCAUGAUGACGUGACAGCCAAAGCAACACCUGUAGUGUAGUUUCACAACAUGCCAAGCAAGCAAGCAAGCAAGCCAGCCAGUCAGCAAGCAACAUUCAGAGACUCGUAAUGAAUGACUUGCAUGCGCUGAACCCGACAAAGAGAGCCAGCAAAUUAACCAUUCUGCGUCCAGAACUGCUGGACCAGGAUGCAUGCCCUGUUUCCUUGUCAAUACCCACACAUCAACAUCAUUCAUCAGCCUUGUCUACUCGAGAGUUCGGUGGAACAGAAGUGUUCUGGCUCUGGUAUCUUUAGAAUUCCUCUCAGGAUCGGUUCCAUCAGUGGGAAGUGCUUCCAAAACACCUCCAGCUCGCUUGAAAAAAAGUCAUGUCCCCUGAACAAUAUUUGUGAAGAGAAAAGCGAACUGCAUCAUGGCGAGGUCUUUGUGGCUCUGGUAUUCGGUCACCAAUGAUAGAAGAAGAAGCUAGGGAGGAUAUAUUCCAAGGAUGAUGCAGCCCAAUGCCAAUGCCUCUGCAUCGAGAUUUGAUGCAGGGUCCAUGCAACCAACGGCCAUGUACAGCGUAACAGAACAUCUCGACCUAGUGAGUGUGCCACCACUACUCCGACUCCUCCUCCUACUACUACGACUACCACUACGGACGUACGUAUGUACACAUGUAUGUAUGUACUGUGCUAUCGUGUCGUAUGCAUCGGGUUCAUCCAAAGAGCAGCGGGAGGACAAAGGAGGGUUUUCUGUGGAUUGGACUGCAUCCGAUGCGUUGGUCGCUAAAGUGAAAGAGACGGAUCAGCUUUCAAAUAUUGAUUGCGGACACAGCCAAGAGCCAACCUCAAGAGGCAUGUGUACGAUAUCUGCUCUCAAUUGCGAAGGCGCAUUUUUAUUUCACGACUUGUCGUGUGAUUCUUUUAGCAUAACAUGUGAGUCCAAGCUGACGAAAAAUGUAGUAGUCACAGCAGGCCUGGGUUUCAAGUUGGUUCCCAUCAUAAUCCCAAGAUUGUACUGUUUAGCAGCCAUCCUCUCUUUCUGUAAAACUCCGUGUCUACAUAUUUGUGGCCGAAUGGCCGAGUUAUAUGCCUCGUCUUGAGGCAAUUUAUAGCAAUACAUAACUUAAGAUCCCAUUGAAUUCCAAGAGACGCCUUUAUUUGAAACCAAUUCAAUCUUGCUUUAUCGUGCUUGGGUCCCGGUUUAGAUCUCGCCAAUCAUGACCAAUGUAAAUGACACAAAUGUAUACACUACGUAUGAAUUGCACACAAUUGUUGUGACAUGAGUGAGUGGUGAGAAUGGGCGGGACUUUCAUUUCCGCAAUUCAUGGAACGACCACAUUGGUACCUUUGUUCAGGGCAAGGCUAUUGAACUUGAUUGACGCGAAAACCGUUCAAAAUGCAAAUCUGGCCCUGGGAAUUUCAGAUUAGGUGAAAUCCUUCUGUUCGCUCUUUCUCAAUGCUCAGAACUUAGCUUAGAACUACGUACGUACAACAACAACGCUCUAUUCAAAUGUCUGCCAAUCCUAGUGUCGUUUGUUAAAUAGGAACGUCCCCCCGUUCAUUGGAAUGGAAGAGCUGUUUGUUAUGGCAUAAAUGUUAGAUCCCUGAAGACUUUCGUUCCGCUGAGUCCCCUAAUAGAAAAAGUCAGACUUUGUUGAGUGAAGUGCACCCCAAACACCACCUUCAAGUACGUUUGGAACAUCUCUGCAUUGCCCUUGUGUUCCAAUCCCCGCUGUGAUGUUCAAAUGUCGUCAUUUAAUGUACCUUUCAACUAAAAUGGAGAGCCAUUCAUUUACUUUUAGUGUAUGACCGUUGAUCUGUAAACAAGAAGGAAGAAAUAAAGUUCUAUUUUGCUCGA